AUGGACGACGCAAUCGACAUUGCACUGCACACUGACCUAUCCCACCUGGAUAAGAUAAAUACCUACUCUGAGAAGAAGACAAUAUGGCUGCCACAUCUGCUCCUGCUGGUCACUCUCCUUCCCCCUCAAGGGCUCACAGCCCACCAGGACUCUGGCAUUGUGAAUGGAGAAAAGACCAAAACCAACUCUAAACCCUACAUGGUCUCUGUGCAGGAGAGGAACAAGGAAACGGAAAAGAGGGAACAUAUCUGUGGGGGGUUUCUUGUGUCAGAUAACUUUGUCAUGACGGCCGCUCACUGCUACACAAGUGGUGUACAGCUGACGGUUGUGGUUGGUGUUCAUAACAUUAAAAAGUGGGAACAUUCGGCUCAGAGGAUUGGUGUGAAAAGUUAUUACGUCAAUGAUUACAAUCCCGAAACACACAAGAAUGACAUCAUGCUGUUGGAGCUCAAGACACCCACCCCGAGGCGGAGUUCUGUGAAGCCGAUCCCUGUCGCUAAGAAAGACCUGCACAUCAAGGCUGGAGCUAUCUGUAAUGUGGCAGGAUGGAGAGCCACUGAAACUAACGGCUUUGUAAACGCAGACCUAUUGGAUGUGAAUGUUGCUGUUGUAGACAGGGGUGACUGCCAGAGAACUUGGAGAAGAGCCAUACCCACUUCUAUGAUAUGUGCCGGUGGUACUGCUGAUGAUAAAGGCUUUUGUCAGGGAGAUUCAGGAGGUCCUCUGGUGUGUGGAGGGAUAGCAGUGGGAGUUGUGUCCUUCAAUGAUGCAGACUAUUGCAACCAGUCGAGAGCACCCAAUGUCUACACCAACAUAUCAACCUAUCUCCCCUGGAUCAAGAAAGUAACUGGACUUAAAUCAGUCAACUAAAUGAUUA